GCUCCAAUGGGCGGACGCUGAUGCAUUUCCACACAAACCACAGCCUCUCGCUCCCAAAGUGAAAGCAGUGGGACAUAUUUAUUUAUGUUGCUGCUUCAUAUAUGUGGACUACAGAAUAACUUUUCUUGCCUCAGUGAAAAAAGGUGCAAGGACUCAAGGAAAGCCAUGGAAAGUCAAGUAUUUCCAAUAUGACCGAUGGUUUGGUCACCGAAUAGGUUAUUUUUGACACACGAGAGGGAAACUUAAAACAAGGCUGUUUUUGGAGUUCUACCUCCCCUGUCUCCGUAGAGUUUGAUUCAAAGUCGAAAGCCAAGAUGGCCGCCGAUUCCGUGCAGGGCGACGCCAGGGGCCAGCUGGUGUCGGAGCGGCUGGGCCUGGGCCACAAUCUGGACCUGUCGGACACCAUGGUGCAGCAGAAGCUGGACGAGAUCAAGGAGCAGAUCCGCCGCGAGAUCCGCAAAGAGCUGAAGAUCAAGGAGGGUGCGGAGAACUUGCGGAAGGUCACCACGGACAAGAAGAGCCUGGCCUACGUGGACAAUAUGCUGAAGAAGUCCAACAAGAAGGUGGAGGAGCUCCACCAGGAGCUCCAGGAGCUCAACGCCCACAUCGUGGUCAAGGACCCCGACGACCUGCUAGAGUGCCCUUUGACCCCGGACACCCCAGCUAGCGAAGCAAGGAUGUGCACCAGCAGCAGCCGCCUGGCCGCCCUGAAGAAGCAGAACGACAUUGAGCUGAAGGUCAAACAAGGGGCGGAGAAUAUGAUCCAGAUGUACUCCAAUGGCUCUUCCAAGGACCGGAAAUUGCUAGCGACUGCUCAACAGAUGCUGCAGGACAGCAAGACGAAGAUUGAGUUCAUCAGGAUGCAGAUCCUCAAAGGCAGCCAGGCCAGCGAGUUGAGCUUCGAUAACAAUGACGUCAUGGCCAAGCCCAUCAUCAGCCCGUUGGACCUACGGGUGGAGGAGCUGUGUCACCACGCCAGGAUAGAGUCAGCCGUGGCCGAGGGCGCCAAGAACGUCAUGAAGCUCCUGGGCUCUGGCAAGGUCACGGAGAAGAGGGCACACUCAGAGGCCCAGGCCCGCUUUAACGAGUCCAGUCAGAAGCUGGACCUGCUCAAGUAUUCCCUGGAGCAGAGGCUGAGUGAGCUGCCCAAGAACCACCCUCGCAGCAGCAGCAUCGUGCAGGAGCUGUCCCUCAUGGCCUCGCCCGCCCUCAGCCCGCGCUCCAGCAUCAUCUCCACCCAGAACCAGUACAGCACCGUGGCCAAGCCCGCCGCACUCACAGGCACGUUAGACGUCAGGCUCAUGGGCUGCCAGGACCUGCUGGAGAACGUUCCGGGUCGUUCCAAAGCCGGUUCCGUGCCGCUGCCUUGCUGGAGCCCCAGCGAGACCCGCUCCUCCUUCAUGAGCCGGGGAAACCGCAACCGAGGUGCCAGCGCACGGAACCUCUCCAAGAGUGAAGACCUCUCCAAUGAAAUCAGUGCUGUGCUGAAGCUGGACAAUACAGUGGUGGGACAAACCAACUGGAGACCUGUUAGUAACCAGUCCUGGGAUCAGAAGUUUACACUGGAGCUGGACAGGUCUCGUGAGCUGGAGAUCUCGGUGUACUGGAGAGACUGGCGCUCGCUGUGUGCCGUCAAGUUCCUGCGACUGGAGGACUUCCUGGACAACCAGCGUCAUGGCAUGUGUCUCUACCUGGAGCCCCAGGGAACCCUGUUCGCAGAGGUCACAUUUUUCACCCCUGUCAUUGAGCGGCGACCCAAACUGCAGAGACAAAAAAAGAUAUUCUCAAAGCAGCAAGGGAAGACGUUCCUGCGUGCUCCUCAAAUGAACAUCAACAUCGCCACCUGGGGCCGCCUGGUCAGGAGGGCCAUACCAACCGGUAGCAGCCCACAGGUGCCUGAGACCGGGCCCAGCAGUCUGCCGGGAUCUCCAACACCCACCAGUGCCAUUAGUGAACCAUUGGUGACCAAGCUGGACUUUGACAAAGAGCCCACCCCGGGACCCAAGCACUACCCUGUACCCGCUGGCAUCAGAGAACCACUGGCACAGGACAACAAACUGCCCGACAAGGAGGAAGUACAGGACGCCCUGGCAUCGUUUGACUUCCUGAACAAGAGGAACAGCAUAGCGGUGAAGUCGUCGGACCUAGACCGACUAGACAAGGUAGUAGAGCAGGAGAUCCAGCCUCCAGACCUGGAGCUCACAGCCAUACAGAAGGAGAUACGGGAAGAAGAACAAUUUCAGUUUAGUCUCAGAGACUUCAAAUGUGUUGCAGUCCUUGGCCGUGGUCAUUUUGGAAAGGUAUUGUUAGCCGAGUAUAAAAGCAUGGGAGAGAUGUUUGCCAUCAAAGCCCUGAAGAAAGGAGACAUUGUGGCUCGUGAUGAGGUGGACAGUCUGAUGUGUGAGAAGCGUAUCUUUGAGACGGUGAACAGUGUGCGCCACCCGUUCCUGGUCAACCUCUUUGCCUGCUUCCAAACGCAGGAGCACGUGUGCUUCGUCAUGGAGUAUGCUGCCGGGGGAGACCUGAUGAUGCACAUCCACUCUGACGUCUUCUCAGAGCCCAGGGCCAUAUUUUAUGCAGCUUGUGUCGUAUUGGGAUUACAGUUUUUACAUGAACAUAAGAUUGUGUACAGAGAUCUGAAGCUUGACAAUCUGCUCUUGGACACUGAGGGCUAUGUAAAAAUAGCUGACUUUGGCCUGUGCAAAGAGGGAAUGGGGUUCAGGGACCGCACCAGUACAUUCUGUGGUACUCCUGAGUUCCUGGCCCCAGAGGUUCUGACGGAGACGUCCUACACGCGUGCUGUGGACUGGUGGGGUCUGGGGGUCCUCAUCUUUGAGAUGCUGGUUGGAGAGUCUCCAUUCCCUGGGGACGAUGAGGAGGAGGUGUUUGACAGCAUCGUCAACGAUGAAGUCCGCUACCCAAGGUUCCUCUCAACAGAGGCCAUCUCCAUCAUGAGAAGGCUUUUGAGGAGGAGUCCAGAAAGACGUCUGGGGGCAGGAGAACGAGACGCAGAAGAAGUAAAGAAACAUCUGUUCUUCAGAAAUAUGGAUUGGAACGGACUACUGGCCAAGAAGGUGAAGCCUCCGUUCGUGCCGACCAUCCAGGACUCCAAUGACGUCAGCAACUUCGACAACGAAUUUACCUCAGAAGCGCCCAUCCUGACCCCGCCCAGAGAACCCAGGGCGCUCAGCAGGAAUGAGCAGGACAUGUUCUCAGACUUUGACUACAUCGCAGACUGGUGUUAGCCCCCCUCCCUCCUCCUAACACGUUGAACAAACACACACUGUGAACCAAACAACACAGCGCUGACUGACUGUAGCUCACAUUUUAAAAUCCGCCUCUUUUCCAAACAAACGUUGAGAGGGAGGGGAAAACAUCGCUCUUCCAGCCUUUGGGCACACUCUGUGCCAUUGAAAGACGCCCCCCGACUCCACAACUGAACACCCUUGUUUAUUUUUUAACAAAAUGAAUAACUUUUUUAACAUAAAGAGAUUCUAUUUUGCUUCUCUUCUGAGAAUUCAGAGAGAAGAGGGGGAAGGAGGCCUCCAGCGCAUGUUUUCUUUUGUCUGACCACUGAGAAUGUUUUCAUAUGAACUCUGUCAAAGGACACGCCGGCAACAUGUUAUUCAUUGUCAGUCUUUUUUUUAAAUAUUAUGUACAGAAUAUUAUUCAUCUGUAUUAACGAGUCAUUUCUCAAGCCAUAACUAAAUGACUUCUCUCUGUAAGGUUUUGACAUGUCUGCCUUGUAUGAGUAUUUUGAGCAUUUAUCACUGAACCGUCACGUGAGGUUAAAGAAAACACAUUUUGACUACUACUGCCUUUUGACUUGAAACCCAAAGUAAGGGCUCCUUUAUAGCUGAUCCUAGUCAUUCUCAUCCCCCACCCACACACUUAUUCGUCACAUGCUUCGUAAACAACAGGUGUGGACUAACAGUGAAAUGCUUAGUUACGGGCCCUUCCCAACAAUGCAGGGAGAACCCUCCCACAGUUUUUAAAGAAUGCCUUCCUGUUUCUGCUAGCAAAGCUAAGAGCUGGCUGACUCAAAGAAUAGAGUGCAGAAAAUGUUUAAUUUUAAACAGAUGAUCAUUAGGCAAAGCGGUGGAUCCAGUGUUAGUCCUCAUGGUAUUGCAACUAUCCCUCAUUUACUAGCAUAAAGGACCAUGUUUUAAGCGGUAGAACAAAGAGUUCUAGACACAUCAAAGGCGACUGUGCUGCUUUAAAGUCAUUUGUAAGGAGCACACAAUAUGGAGACAUAUCGGACAUGGCUCCCUCUGGUGGAUUCCUAGCACCAUUAAGCAGGGGCCAUAUGAAUCAAGCGUCUCAGAGUAGAAGUGCUGAUUUAGGAUCAGUUUUGCAAUGAAAAGGAUUACAUGAACAGGGGUACCUGAUCCUAGAUCAGCACUCCUACUCUGAGACCCCUGAGCUAUACAGACCCAGAUUUUGUUCUUGGGGGAUAACAAUGCAUUCAGCUAGCAAUGUUGUGCUCUUGUGGAUAGAAUCAAUUACUCUAGCAUUUCGAACAGAGUUUGGGUCCGUUCCAUUAUAAUUCAAUCGAUGCAGCGAAUUAAUGAAUUUAGGAUUUCUGUUGAAUUUCCAUUCCCUACCUGAAUUGACUGAUUUGAAAUGGAAUUGAUUCCAACCUCGAUACCUCAAUUAUUCUUUUUAACUGAAGAUACAAGAACCAGAAGACGUCACAGCCUGCAAUGAUUGGACUUAGUCAAAUGGUGGAUCUGAAGUGACUGAUACAGUACAGCUGAUUACCAAAACUCAUCCAUUCAGUCCUGACAGUGGGACUAUGGAUGUAUGAUGGAACUGACUUAAUAAACCUAUGUGUAGGGUGAAGUUGCCUCUAGGUUAGGAUUGGGGAAGGGGAAGCUGACCCUAGAUCUUUACCUAAGGGAAGCUGACCCUAGAUCUUUACCUAAGGGAAACUUCACCCUGGAGCUUCAACUUGGCUCAGUGGCAGUUUGUGCAGACAAUAUGUAAAUGAAUCACUACAGGUGAGGGCAGGGUAUAUUAUAUAUGUAUGUACACACAAUUAAGCUGAUAGCACUCAUUUUAUCAAUAGUUAUUUUUGUAUCUAUGUUUAGUGUAAUUAUGAAAAUAGAUUGUACAAAGUUAUUUCUCCGUGCUUAAAUGGCUGCUUGAGCGUGUUGCAAAAACAGAAGCUUUUUUGAAUGGUACACCACAUUGAAGUUACAAGACUGUUGGCCCUGGUGUAAAGAAGCAGUCGUCUAUCAUGAAUGCACAAAUUAAACGUUUUUAAUAGA